AUGUCUUCAGCAUACCACGCCUCGUCAACCCAGGCGGCGAUCGCCGCAGAGCACGACUAUGCCGCUCACAACUACCACCCGCUUCCCAUCGUCUUUGCUCGCGCCUCUGGCACCUCUGUCUGGGACCCAGAAGGCCGUCACUACCUCGACUUCCUAUCAGCCUACUCUGCCGUCAACCAGGGACACUGCCACCCAGAGCUGGUCAAGACCUUGUGCGAGCAGGCGGCGACCCUGACGCUCAGCUCCCGAGCCUUCUACAACGAUGUGUUCCCCAAAUUUGCCGAAUUCGCGACCAAGUACUUCGGUUAUGAUAUGAUUUUGCCCAUGAAUACAGGAGCGGAAGCUGUGGAAACCGGCAUCAAAAUCGCGAGAAAGUGGGGGUACAAGGUCAAGGGCAUUCCCCAGGAUGAAGCCAUUGUCCUGAGUGUCGAGAACAAUUUCCACGGCCGUACUUUUGCAGCUAUCUCGAUGUCUACAGACCCCGAAUCCAGGGACAACUACGGACCUUACUUGCCAAACAUCGGAAGCAAGAUCCCAGGAACGAAUAAGGUCAUCACCUACAACGACAAGGCAGCUUUGCGUGAGGCGUUUGAGGUUGCUGGGCCCAAGAUCGCAGCAUUCUUGGUGGAGCCUAUUCAAGGAGAGGCCGGAAUUGUGGUGCCGGACGAAGACUAUUUGCAAGAAGCCCGUGCCCUCUGCGACAAACACAAUGCUCUCCUCAUUUGCGACGAAAUCCAAACCGGUAUCGCUAGAACCGGAAAGCUCCUCUGCCAGGAAUGGAGCGGAAUCCGAGGAGACUUGGUGCUCCUCGGCAAAGCCAUUUCGGGGGGAAUGUACCCUGUCUCAUGUGUCCUUGGACGCAAGGAUGUGAUGCUCACCAUUGAGCCGGGAACGCACGGCUCUACCUAUGGCGGAAACCCAUUGGGAUGUGCAGUUGCCAUUCGCGCUUUGGAAAUCGUCCGUGAUGAGAAGAUGACGGAGCGCGCUGAGCAGCUAGGCAAGGUGUUCCGAGAUGGCCUCGUUGCUAUCAAAAGCCCUAUCAUCCAAACUGUCCGCGGUCGCGGCCUGUUGAAUGCCAUGGUGGUCGAUGAGUCCAAGACCGGAGGCCACACUGCCUGGGAUUUGUGCAUGCUUAUGAAAGCGAAAGGCUUGCUUGCUAAACCAACGCACCAAAAUAUCAUCCGGUUUGCACCCCCACUGGUGAUUACAGAUGACCAGAUGAAACAAGCGUUGAAAAUCAUCGAGGAAGCCCUCACAGAGCUACCCAACCUCAAAGGCGCUGAAGAGGACCGGAUCAUCCCACCGUCUGAAAGACAUGUCAAGGUCAAUGACAUUGAUCAAUGCUAA